AUGAAUCUUGCAAAUUACUCUUACUUCUCUGGCAUGUGCAACAUGACUGCAGAGACGCAGCAUUCGCCGGCCGAGGCAACAAGUCCUGUUGUCAUGUCUCCAAACGUGAGCCUAGACUCGCCGUUGCCUCCGCCGCCUCUGAUGCUGCAGGCCCGGUCCAAAGACAAUAUUUUGAUCAAGUCUGAGCCCCGGGGGAACAGCCCCAACACGGAGGACGGGGCUGCUUUGGGCCAGACUGAGGAGCACCUGCCGACCGGGAGCCGCCGGAGGAAGAGGCCCGUCCAGCGGGGGAAACCUCCCUACAGCUACAUCGCUCUCAUCGCCAUGGCCAUCGCCAACUCCCCGGAGCGAAAGCUCACCCUGGGGGGCAUUUAUAAAUUCAUCAUGGAGCGCUUUCCUUUUUACAGGGAAAAUUCAAAGAAGUGGCAGAACUCCAUCCGCCACAACCUUACCCUGAACGACUGCUUCGUCAAGAUCCCCCGGGAGCCCGGCAGACCGGGCAAAGGCAACUAUUGGACUUUAGACCCCGCUGCAGAGGACAUGUUUGACAACGGGAGCUUUCUGAGGAGACGGAAAAGGUUCAAGCGCACAGAUGUGAGCACCUACCCCGGGUACAUGCAGAGCUCCAGCGCUUUCACCCCAACGCCGAUGGGUAGGCCCACGUAUCCUAACACCCUUUAUCCCGGGAUAGGGUCUGGCUACGGCUCCCAGCUGUCAGCAACAUCCCCCCACCCAGCCAUGCUGCAUCACUACCAGACCUCUGCCGGGGUCGCCCAAGGACAGCCACGCAUGUUCAGCAUCGACAACAUAAUCAGCCAGCAGACGGUGGUGCAGAGCGGCCCGGGAGGAGAGCUCAAUUCGCAGGCACUGGGUUUGAGCGGCGGGGACUUGGGCACCAUGUCCUCCAGCUGCUCGGUUACCGGCACCGACCCGUCUGCGUGCUUCCAGACCCAGACUGUCAAUCCAUCUGCUAACAUGCUGAGCAGAAACAGCGGGAACCUCCCUUCCAACCUGGCCGCCGGGUACCCGUACUCCUCCUCGGCCUCGCCUCCUCACCUGCCCACAAUGACCCAGUCCGGUUUCUCCCCCGGGAGCUCGCAAGUGUACUGCCCCGGGAACAGACUCUCCCUGCCGGCUCUGCGCCCGGGCUCCUGCGCCGAUCACACGGAGCAGCUGCUGGGCCUCUCCAGCCCCAUGAACUCCUACAACAACUCGUAUAUGAGACAAGCCAACUUUGCAUCAGGAUUAGAUCGGUAUAUGUGA